AUGGAUCAUUAUGGAGGUCAAUCAAUGAACAGCUUUCUACCCUCCGAUUCCAACAAGAACAAGUGGUACUAUAACCAACAACAGCAGCAACCACCACAUCAGCAACCACAUCAGCAACCACAUCCACAUCAUCAACAGAAUGCUUACAGCGCCAAUUCAUUAGGCGCAAUUUAUGUCAGCAAUGUCCCACUCAUGACACAUUCACCACAGCAACAGCAGCAACCACCGCAGCAGCAAUUCGAUGAACAUGGACAGCCUAUAAAGAUUAGAAAGAAGCCAGGCAGAAAACCAAAUCCAGCUUCUCCAGCUCUGAGAAAAGCACAGAAUCGAGCUGCCCAAAGAGCAUUCCGUGAGCGAAAAGAACGGCAUUUGAAGGAUUUAGAGGGAACUAUACGUCAAUUAAGAGAGCAAAGGAAUAGCGCAGUGAAGGAAUUGAAUCAAACAAAGAGCAAAAUGGACGCUUAUCGAGCCGAGAAUUGGUAUUUAAAAGGUGUUGUUCUUACAUUGCAGUUUGUCUGUCUUCAUCACAACAUUCAUAUACCGACUCAUUCGCCCUAUUUGACCGAGGAAGCAUUGAGUGAAAUGGCAAAGACAACACCUCAUGCCAUUGAAGCCUAUGUCAAUGCUUAUACCAGAAACAACAUCAAUCUGAAACCCACCAUGGCCGCACAUUUCGCAAAUUCACCUGCCAAUAGCAAGGACUCGCCAGAGCAGGCAACGUACAAUGCUGCAGAUGAUGAGGAUGAGCAGGAUGAUACUGAAAUGAUGGAUGAGAGCAAUCAGCACGAGGACGAUCAAGACGACGAGUAUAGCGAACAAAAGACAUCAGAAUCAAACGCUACGGGCUACCGAAGACACUCUAGUUUGUCCUCUGACACACCUUACCAUGUCAAAGUGGAAGAGGAAGACGAUGAUGAAACCAUGGCACAAUGGAUCAAACAGCACAAUGAAAACAAAAAACUGAGAGAUCAGGCUAAAAAGGACAAGGAGGAGGCAAGCAAGUCGAAAAAGGAUGAUGGUACAAGCACGGAAGAAAACGGCGACGAUGAUAAACAGCCCAAUCCAUCCAGUAUUAGUGCCAUUCAGCGCAUCCGCCUGCAAUUACGGGUGCAAUCUACCAUUUCCAAUAUUGGCAAAUCCUCUGUGCGCUUACAGCCUACCAUUCUUCAGCUAGCUAUACCUCACGAUCCUCGUAUUGACCUCAUACCAACGCCCCAUAUGCGAGAUCGAAUGAUUAUUUUCAGGGACCAAAUGGAUUACGACCGUUGCUUUGCCAUGUUACUGAAUGGCGCUCUUUACCAUGGAGGAGACCCGACGAUGAGUGCAAGUUGGGAAUUGCCAGCCGAAUUCUUUUCAGAGUUUUGGUAUUUGGCUAUUAAUUACGACGUGAAUCGCACCAAUACAUGGAGACGCCUAAAGGGUUUACCAGAGAUAGGUGUCACUACUACCAAAGAAACAACCAAGGACGCUCAAACUACUACCCAACAUUCAGAUUGGCAUGAGACCAUUCCCACACAACCACCGACGGCCAUCUUUAUUGAGCAACAACAAGAUGAGCAUUUGCAGCAGCAGCAGCAGCAGCAGCAGCAGCAGCAUCAACAGCAACAACAAACACAGCCGCAAGACGUGUUUUCUACCUCGCAGCCAAGCAGCAGUGAUUCUGUCUGGACAGAUGAUGUAUUUGCUCAAAUGACAGCUGGUAUGCCAACACUUCAACCUUUGGAUUCAAACCAUUUAUCGAGUGGUUUUGACUUUGGCUCACCACCCGCAAAUAUGUUUGAUGGAUUCUUGUUGCAUCGAGCAAAUGCUGCUUCAUCACCCAUUGAUUUGUCUGAUGGCUCAACACACCCCAUGUUUGAGCAACUGAUGAGCUCUAUUCCAGACUCGAGACAUGAAAGAUCGCCGAGUAUAAACGCCAUGAUGGAUCUCAUGCAUUCGUUAUCAACAGAUAUGAAUUCGUAG